CAUUAGUAUACCGUUUUGUCUGAAUUGUCCGCGCUCUAUUUCACGUAGAUCAUGAGCUAUCACUCGUGAUGGGUCUUGAGGAAAGCAAAAUUGGUCAAACAAACAAAGCUAACUGUAACACACCAAAUUUGUGUUUUUUUGCGCCUGUUUCACCUGGAAGAAUAAUUCACCAAUGCACUCUGGAGUUAUGGAAAAAAUCUCACCGGGAACUUUUCAACUUCUCAGACAAGGUGAUGGUGUGUACCUAUCAACUGCCUCAUGAUUGCACAUCGGCAUUUUGUCUCACUAGGCAAAAUAUUGUGAAUUUUCGAAAAUCGUGUUCUGUUUUCUCACUGAGAAAGCGAAGAGAAUAUACAAAAAUGGCUGAACAUUUCGAGUAUAAUCACAUACCUGCUCAUUUAUCUUCCAUACAGAAUUUACACUUCAAAUCGGUGUUAGACAUUCACAGUGGAUUGGCAGUUGUUCAUUUGGCACGAGAUAUGAUAACUCAGUUUGCAUUAGUUGACUUAAGGAUUAAUAAAUUCCUUGGUUCUUUUGGUCGGCAAACGGUUCUCUUUAGUCCUGAAUCAACCAUAGGAAAAAUAUCACCCGAUGGAACUUAUUGUCUAAUUAGACUCCCUUGGUCGAGAAAUAGGAGAGUUUAUAUACUCAAGCUGUACAACUUACGAAAUAGUGAACUUAUUUCUGAACUUCCAUUAGCUAAUUCUUCUAAUUACGAUGAAGUGCCAUUAAACAAUUUCCGUCUGCCACUAGGCCCAUAUCAGGAAAAUAAUAGAGAGUCAAAUAUUCGGCCGUCGUACGAUAUUUUAUCAACAUCCAACUCAGUAACUGCAAACUUUAGAGGGAAUGUACAAAAUGAGAAUCAACUUCAACUAGGUCCAGCUCGUUCUUCUCAGGUGUUGUUUGCUUUUGAUCCACGAUUUGUAAAUUCACGCAUAGCAAUAACUAACGUGGACUUUCCACAUGGACCAAACUCUCACAAAGUUUCUUCCAACUGGGUCCCAGGAAUACAGGCUACUAUAAGUUUGGUAAAACUUCCAACAUGGGAGUGCUUAACAUCCACUAACAAACUUUGUUCUUGGUCUCCUUCAAAUCGUCACGGUUCACCUUUUAUAAACAAUACUACGUGUAGAGAACCGACAAGACGAAGACGAUCAUCAGAUGCUAACCAUGUAGGUGGUUUACCCAGUCCGAACUCAUUCAGUCAUGUUUUUCCACAUAUUAUGAGCAUAUUUUAUUCAAGAGAUGGCUAUUUUUUAUUUACAAUCACCACAGAGUCUCGAACCUGUCGAUGCUCUGCCAUUGGUAAUAUUAACCAUUCUGUGAAUUCUUUAUUACCAGAUGUAUCUGGUUACUCAGAUGAUAUUUGCAACCCCUUAAGUUCAGGCCGACCAACAAACAACGGAACUGAAAGUGGUCGAACUCAGCAAAAGAACUUGGUUUCAACACAGUGUAUUGAAUCAAAUACACGUUACAAUCCAAAAAAUAAUAGUACAUCUCCAAUGUUGGCUCCCACACUGCCUGGUUGCACCACUUUGUGGCUUACUAUUUUCAAUUCUGAUACAUUAGAAAGGCUAAGAAUUUUGAGAUUUGAUCGAUCAGUAUGCCCAAUUCACACAUGUCCUACCAAUUACCUACCCGUAAUGAGCCGUUGUGGAUCAAGGAUAGCUUUAAUUACACGACAAGCAGUGGGAUAUUAUAAUAGUACUAGUAAUCAGAACGCCAGUAAUAAUUCACGUGAAUACCUGUUUUCCAGCUGUAAGACGCUUCCUGUAUCUUUAAGGCACUCCGUUCCAUCUAUAAGUGUAGAAGGCUGUUCUAAUUCACAAUGCGUGAUUAACAAAAGUGCUGGUCAAGAAACCAGCAAAGAAAAUUCUACAAAACGCGUAAGUCAACUAUUAUUGUUUCGUUACUAUUGUUGUUAUUUUCACAUUUUCACUAAGAAGUAGAUACAUUUAUCAUCUGAGUCUUACAACUGCAGUAUUCUAUGCGAAGUGUAACUACUUUGUAGUGACAUAAGAUCUAUGUGUAAAAUGAUUUCUUUGUAUUUCUAAAGUAUAAUUUUUAAAAACUGUUUGCAUUUAUCUGUCUACUUUAUUAGUCCAUACUUUAAGCCCAAAAAUUUUCUAUAGUGGUUGAUUUUUAUUAAUUUGCUUGAAUAUUAGUUUAUUUUUAGUUUAGUAUUGCAAUGAAUUGUAAAAUAUCUAGACUCAUCUGUAAACCGUUUUAAAUUUCUUGGAUGACUGAUAACGGACUUUCUACCUGCGUUAUUUGUUGUAUAAUUAAACUAGUUUUCAUGUAAAAACAUACUGUGGUAAGCAUCUUCCACACCGGUUCAUCUUGUUCUUCUGUGCACCCAGGUAGAAGUGAUUAGCCCUAACACUAGUUCAUCCACAUAGAGAGUUCCUACUUAGGCCUCAGGCAAUACUCAUGAUUAAUGACUGUAGAUGAUGAAUGACAUAGCUCAUAAGUAAUGACAGGGAAAAAGUAGCACGCGUGCCCUAUCUUCUUGGGUUUUUAUUCUUUCAUCUCAUUUAUUUUUUUCGGAUUAUAUGUAUGAUUAAAUAUAAUUCAUACCAUUCUCAUUUAUCGUUAUUAUGUGUUCCAUUGCGCAACUACAUAAUUACUUAGUUUUAGCCUGACAGUCUUUUACUAUUAGCAUGAUCGGAGUUCUAGAAUAGUUGUAACAUUUCACUCGUCCUUUUCAACUCUAUUAGAAUACUUAUUGUACCAUACUGAUAUGUUAUUACAUCAAAUUUCAACCAACUUAAUUUCUAUAAAUAUGAUAGACCUUAUUUAAAAUUGUAAUUUCAGGUUGUAAGUUAAAUAGGAAGCGAAAUGAAGUAAAAUGAGUUCGUGUUAUUCCACUGCUCAAGUUUGUGCUUUUAUUCUUCUUAAAUUGAUUAAAAAAGAAUGUACGAAAUAUUCUUGGUGGUUUCUUGUAGUUGUUAACUUGAUAAACAUAUCCACAAUAAAUUAGAUUUUAUUUACGUGAUUUCCAAGAAUAAAAUUGAACUACAUUUGUUUAUUGAGCAUUAUUGUUAUCUUUGCUAGUUGUAGUAUUGCAGAAUAAUUCAGUAUGAAAGAAUAAAGAUUGUUUCUAAUAAUUGGUAUUGAUUUAAUUAGAGAAUGAAUUAAUUUUAUUCUGGAUUGAAACUUAUAGUUGAGAGGUAGAUAACUGACUGACUUCUAUUUUAACUGUUCUCGGUUAUUCUGUCUAGGGAAAUAUUACUUUGUUGGGUUAUUUUAUACCCCAGGGAACAAGUUAGUAACUACUUAUUUUGCUACUUUUUAAGUUUCAAUAUUCCUUUUCUCUCCAUCCUUUAUUGUCUAACAUGACCAAAUUGAACUGUUUUCUUCUGUCCUUGAGUCUUUCAGUGUGUUAAAUCUUUACCCUUUCUCCGAUGUAUUUGUAGGCUCAUUUAUACACAUGUAUUAUUUGCUUAAACCAAUCUUCUUUGAUCUCUAUCGAUAAAUCUUGCUUGAAGGAUUUUCUUUUGCAGUAAUUGGGGCUAGAACGGAAAGCAGUUGUGGUAUCGAGGUAUUAAUAUGCAUAUAAAAGUUAUUGUCGUAUUUUCAAGACAUUAUAUUUAAACUUUUUUUACAUAACUACUUUAAUACUCCCAUAGAAACCCGUCUUUUUGUGUUAUUUUAGACUGAAUUCAAGAAGCAACAACCGUUUAUAUCUCCAACCUGUUUGCUUAUUCAACCAAGAAACCUUAAUUUGAGUCAUCAUCUAUCUACAUCAUUACCAUCUCCAUUGUCAAAAGUUCACUUGUCUUCCGGAAGUUCACCGUUUCGACAAAUGACUGGUUGUUCAAGUUUAGAGUUAAGCGUUUCUUCCUAUCGUCCAAUGGCUGUUUCCUUUGAAUCUUCUUUUAUUGGAACUCAGUGUAAUUCCUCAAGUAGUUGUACUGCCACAGUAUCCACACGUACCAGUAAUAGUAGUGGUGUUGUUGUUACUUCUGCUGGUACUUCAGUGGUAAAUUCAACGGUACAAAUUGAUGUGCUUCUGGUUUAUCAACUACCUCCGCCACCAAAACUACAGGCAUUAGUGAGACAACGAAUUCGUCAACUCUGCAAAGAUGAAUACCUUGAACAGUUAGAUCUUCCACGUAGAAUUAUUAGCUAUUUACAAUUUGAACCAUCAUACAAUUGUGCUGGCUCAUGUAUUUCUCGAUCGAACAGUUCUACCAGAACAGUACGAAGUGAUAGUUUUGACCUGUGAUACAGAUUUAUGCGCAUAUAUUUAUAUUUAUGUAUCUAAUUUAUUUCUUACUAUUUUAUUCAGUAUUUUUAUUUAUAAGUAACAUUUAAUUCCUAAUUGUCAUCUUUAAUUUACUGACAUUUGACAGCCUUUGAUCUUUAUUGUUAAAACUCUCAUUCUAUGUAUAUUGUGAACUAUGUGUUGAUAUUUACAGAUUGACAAUUUAUAUCCUGCAAUUUUAAUAGGUGAAAUUUAGUAAAUUCCAGUAUUGAUUUCGGUAAUUUGACUUAUCCAAUUUCUUGAUAUUCAUAUUUAUCCUUAGCAUUUAUCAAUGAAAAAGAUACACGAUUUUUGUAGGAUUGAUUUUUCCAUCAAUAAAUGGAUGGUGCUCUGAACUUAUUAAGAAUACAACAAGAGAGUAAAAAUUGUAUUAUUAUUAUUAUUAUUAUUAU